GUCUGGUCAUGAUUUCUAUGCGCACGCGAAGCUAUUCGAAUUGUGAACUCCUCCGCUGGGUUCAACUGGUCUAAAUAACCUGAAAUUUUCUCCGGCCGACCAGUGUGUUUUUCUUAGGAUUUUCAGGUGUUUUCUAAUGUGAAUUUUCCUCGAAACCAUGUCGGGAUUACUAAUGAAUGGCGUGAGGAAGUCUCUGAAACUGUCUCAGGGCAGCACAGCGGCAGUUCUGGGCACACUUCCUGGCAGCUUCCUGGAGCAGAAGAGAUUCCACAAGCACUGGAAUCCCGCGUUCAAGUGGUGGCGCGCGAGAAAGGUCAUCAAAAUCAAGAUCCCAAACCUCAAUGAGAAGAUGAGCGACUUGUCGACCGAAGAAUUGAAGAGUCGCUUGAGGGAGCGCGGACUGCAGCCGCCUCGGCCUUGGAUGGAGCGCCCCUUCUACAUCAGCUGCACCGGCGGCAUCUUCGAGCCCUAUGUGCCUCCUGAGGGCGACGGCAAGCUGUCGUCAAUCACGAAGAAGGGCGCCAAGCAGAAGAUCGAGUUGCUCGAGAAGAAGUCCAAGAGCAUGCUGGCACUGAGGAAGAUCCGUACGUAUGAAGAGGACUUCGAUCCGCCAACAUUCGCCAAGGAGGCCGAGGACAUUUACAUCAAAGUCCACGAGCUGAUGAUGCAGAAGAAGAAGUACGACAUCAGAGAACUCAUCACUGAGCGCGCCUAUCCGGAAGUCAUGCACAACAUCCAGGACAAGACAAUUCACUGGAAGUUCCUCAAGACUCUGGACUUACCCAAAGUUGUUCAUGCACGGUGCACAGAUCUGGUCACCAAGGAGAAUGUCUUCGCUCAGGUCACCGUGCGCUUCCACACGCAGCAACUGCUCGCCAUCUACGACAGAUUCGGCCGGCUCCUGCAUGGCAGCGAGAUCCUGGCCAAGGAUGUGCUGGAGUACGUUGUCUUUGAGCGCCACAUGGCCAACGAGUAUGGGAAGUGGCGCCUGCACGAGAAGAUCGUCCCCGAAUGGGUGCCGGCCAAGGAACCCGGCCCAAUCACGUACAGAAUUGACGACACUCCGCCAAAAGCGCUGCAGGCCAGCCAGGAAGAGACCACGGACGCCGUCCAGGUGGCGGAGAGUGAAAAGGGAGAAAAGCAAGUGGCCACGGCUUAA